AUGGCGGAAGCCGCAAAUCACACUAAGGCGGUCGCCGCCCCUUUUUCCAUAGCGCUCGCUCCUCCGCAUGCGGCGGUGGCGGCGAAGGGGCCGAAUUCCUCAGCGGCGAAGGCGGCGCCAGUCGCGGCGCCAGUUGCGGCGCCAGUCGCGGCGUCAGUUGCGGCGCCAGUCGCGGGGGAGAUGGAGGCGCCGUUGAUCGAGCCGUCGCACUCGCUGAGCGAUAGUAUGCCCCCUGGCACGCGCGUGGUGCGCUUAUUAGAGGGGGGGGGGAGAGGGGGUGGGGGGGGGGGGGAAGGGGGGAAGGGGUGCGGAGGGAGGGGAGCGGGGAGGGGAGAGGGUGGGGGAAAAGGGGGCGGACGGGGCCGUGAGGGGGAGCUACCGGAGAGGACCAGCUCGGCUCUCGUCAUCCGCCUGCCGCCCCUCCACUGGACCAAUCCCCCUCCCUUGCCUCUCCCUUUCCCCCCUUGCCUCUCCCUUUUCCCCCCUUGCGCCAACUCCCCUACCCCCUCUCCGCCUUUCACCCCCCUCUUCCCAGCUAUUGGAGAGGACCAGCUCCUCUCUCUUCAUCCGCCUGCCGCCCCUCCAUGCUCUAAUCCCCCCUUCUCCUCUCCCCCCCCCAGCGCGCUAAUCACCAUUUCCCCCUUGCGUAAUCCCCCUUACCCCUCCCCCAUUCUUUCCCCCAGCUACUGGAGAGGACCAGCUCCGCCCUCUUCAUCCGCAUCCCGCCCCUCCAAUGGGCUAAUCCCCCUUUCCCCAGCUUCCACUUUCCACUGUGCUAAUCCCCCUUGCGCCAAUCUCCCCCCCGCCCCCUCACAGCUACUGGAGAGGACCAGCUCCGCUCUCUUCAUCCGCAUCCCACCCCUCCAGCCGGCCAAAGCGGCGCUCAGCUUUAUGGUACGAGCGAUGGGUGCGGUGGGUGCGACAGGGGUGAGGUGGGUGCGACAGGGAAGCAUCAACGCACCACAGCCCACCUUGCACCGACCAGCACCUUUCUCCUACCUCCUGUCUCCCCUCCAUGCACAGAUUUUCGCUCUCAUCCCUCUGCCAGAGAUGCCUUUUGAGGUGACUUUUGAGUCGACUCAAAAGAUUUUCGCUCUCAUGCCACUGCCAGAGAUGCCUUUCUCCUGGGUGCUUAGUGGUGGUGAGGGGUGUGGGAACAUUUACCUCUGGAAUCCCUUUCAUUCUUCAUGCCUGCUGCGGCCAAUCCCCUCUCCUCUCCUCCCCUACUCACCACCCCAUCCCAUCCACGUCAGCAUGGCAGUGCUGAGCGUGUGUGCAGCAUUCAUGGAGAGGCGGUUCACCACGACGUAUUUCUGUCGAGUAACAGCAGCAGACGGCAAGCAGCUUGACUUCGGGGGCCAUCUGUCCCGUGAGGAGAACGUGUGGCUGCAGCACGAGGUGUCCUCGUACCUGCUCUCCCUUGCUGCCGAGUCCGUUUGA